UUUAAACGUCACUUCAGGGUAGUUGGGAUGUUUCUGGAUUCAAAUCAGAAGUUUGUUUUAUUUUUGGCUUUUUCAAUUCCCUGCUACAAUGAAUUAAGGUACUGUGGAGCAGAUGAAUGGGAGUCGGAGGAGUGAACUAUUUAGUUCGCUCGCUUGGUUAGUGUAGCAAUUUGUCGUUAGCAUAAUGCCAAGAGUCUUUGAAUUAGGAGUACGAUGCGAAACAAACUCAAGCGGAGCAACAAAUGUAAAGAUGCUCCGUGUCCGAGUAGAGAGCAGCCGAGAACAGCCGAGGUGAUAAGGUUGGUGUUGUCAGACUCGAGUUGUUCCUAUGAUGAAACAUCACCAGAGAGAGAUUCAGCCUCGCUGGCUGCAGGAGACACACAUGUUGCUCCUGCAGGCAUCUCCACCACACAAGUUAAACCACUUCAGGAGCAGGGGAAGACUUUUUGCCCAAAAUACGUUAAAAUUGCACCAAUUUUCUUACGUACAACUAAGCAAAGCCAGAGUAAACGGAGCCGGGAAGUGAAACUGGAUCAGCCUGAAGACAAGGUGCAGCAAUUAGUGCUCCCUGAUGUGCAGCUGGGGAAAAGUCAGCAGCAUGCAUCACCUACAGAGAGAAAGAGAUCCUGGAGAGCACAGCUGUCAGCCUCAGCUCUGCACAUCUGCAUGGAGGAAAUCCAAACCUCCAACCCAGCGUUAUCAGUGCAAUCAGUGUUCAAUACUUUGCAGAAGAAAGCGAGUGAGAAGCUGCCGAAUGUGGGAUCCACAGAAAGUUCUCGUCAAAUCCACUUAACUGAGAAGAGAAAACGGGUAAAUCAAAACUCUGAGAGGGUGUUCAAACGUCUGAGGUCUAAUGUCACAGAAGAGGAUACCGUUGGUAUGGGUCACUGUCCCGUGUCAACACAUUUUAUCCAGGAAUAUCCUGUCCCAUUGGUCCAACAGCAGCGCAGAAGCAACAAGCUCAGUCGUACUCACAGGCUGAGGCAGCAAUGUGGGGGCCCAGCAGGCCUGGUGAACCACUGUGAGCCCCUUCCUCUACUGAUAAAUCAAUCAGAGUCUUGCAUCCAGCCAAUCAAAACCUCUGACAUCCUUCAAAAAGAUUCCAGUUUUGAGGAUGUUCUCUGGACAGACAAAUACAGUCCUCAGCAUAUAAGUGAAGUCAUUGGGAACUCCGCCUCUGUGAAUAAACUACAAAGUUGGUUAAAGAAAUGGAAACUAAGAGCUGACUGUGAUGAGAGGAGAAAAAUGGAGGAGAAGAAGCAAGAAGAUAAUAGCAAUGACUCAUGGGACUGUGGAGACUUCCAGGGUGAGGGGGGGGCCGAGGGCGACCGAGAGGAGCCGCUCUGCAACACCAUGCUGAUCACCGGACCUCCAGGGGUGGGAAAGACCGCCUCGGUGUACGCCUGCGCCCAGGAGCUUGGCUUCAAGGUGUUUGAGGUGAACUGCUCCUCCCAGCGCAGUGGCCGCCAUGUUCUGUCCCAGCUGAAGGAAGCUACCCAGUCCCAUCUAGUGGAGAUGCCAGGGAAGGGCCCACCGAAACCAACCUACUUCAACAACUACAGCAUCAACAGCUGCCCUCCUAGACCUGACACUUUACCUGGAAAAACAGUGCGUGCCAAAAACAUCACCUGUACCUCUAAAAGGAAAGCAGCUCAGAACUUAGGUCACCCAAGUCGCAAAGGAAAAGCAAAUCAAGCAAACGUCACUUUGACCAACUACUUUAAAAUGAAGGCCAAACCAGAUCGCUUACACUUUGGGGAUUUAUUGCCAUCAUAUGAACCAGACGGCAGGAAAUCCGUAAACCCAUCACCAGGCUCUGAUCAAACGGUGCCGCAGAACAAAAAGACUGCCACGUCGCUCAUUCUGUUUGAAGAGGUUGAUGUCAUAUUUCAUGAUGAUGUGGGUUUCUAUUCGGCCAUCAAAACGUUCAUGACGACCACUAAAAGACCGGUCGUUCUGACCACCAAUGAUCCCUUAUUCAGGGAGAGAUUUAACUGCAGCUUGGAGGAAAUCAUUUUCAAACCCCCAUCAGUGGUGAAUGUCUGCAGCUACCUGCAGCUGGUGGCUUUGGUUGAGAGCGUGCAGCUGGAGCUGGACGCUGUCAAGAGGCUGGUCAGUCUGUGCAGAGGAGACGUCAGGCGCUGUCUGCUGCAGCUGCAGCUCUGGCUUCAGAGUGGAGGAGGACAGACAUCUUGUGAGGAGCUUACUCAUGUACAGCAUUUGAGUGUUCGUAAAAUAGGACAAGAUGUAGACCUCCAGCUUCCUAAAUCCGACCCAUGCUGCGCUGCUAGCAUGCUGGGUCUCCACACUGUGACCCAAAACCAACUGGUAAACCUUUUACAGUCUAAUGUUUGGUCUGAAAAUGACACGGAGCAGCUCCUGAGGCUCCUGGCAGAGAGCUGGAGAGGGGGUGUUCCUCUUCUGUAUUCAAACCUGGAGCUUCUCCUACCCGCCGGGGCCCCGGGGUCUCGUGCUGCGCUGCAGAACGAGCCGGACCCUCCUGACAUCGAUCUUCACAUCAAGCUGCUCGAUGGAUAUGUCAGUGUUAAGGCAUCAGCCACCAACAGCAAACCUGUUAAGAACAUCUCCAGGCUUAGCAGAAACAAAUGUAUCACAGCAAUGAUUGACGUCACAUCAUCUUCCAGUUUGACACAAAGAACUCCAUUAUCAUUAAAAAGGGCUCCUUCAGCAGCUGCUACUAAAAGAGAUAAGACUGAAGAAAAAGCAGCCAGAGUUGAAACCGACUGCCUGGACGCUUUGACAGACUUCUUUGACCUCAUGUCGUACCUUGACUCAACAAUGCCAGCUGCAGCAGCGCCACUCGUUUCAGGCCGACCUGAGACCUUUGUCUGGACGGGGGCUGAGAUAAAAGAUGGGAUGACGGAUGAGAUGAGUGCAGACGAUGAUGUGUGCUGGACUUUGAGCCAGGAGGGGCUGCUGGACGUCCAGGCUGCUGCUGAGGGCUUGGGGUUUCACAGGUGCUGCUAUCGAGUGUCUGAGGCGUGGACUGAAGCCCAAAAAUAUAAACAGGAAGUGGGAGGCGCAGGUUGGCGGAGGCUGGUGGAGAGACUGACAUUACCUGCCUCUUCCAAACACCAGAGCCUCAGCUUUAGUUUGCAACCUCCGUGUGCAGCAAGUGUGUGCAGGCGGAGGUACGAGCUGAGCAGGAAAGUGCUUGGCAGUAAAUCCUUCGGCCUGCUGGGGAACAGACGAGCCGUCAGUGUGGACUACAUGCCCGUCCUCCGAUACAUCUGUCGGUCUCAGAGAGAACAGAAAGAGGAGCCAAUCGGGUGUCUGAACUACCUCAGCAGCACUCGCCUGGGCCUCUCAAAGUCAACCAUCCAACUCCUGGCAGAAGAUUUCCCGUAGAGAACCUCACAUUACUCCAGUCAGUGUUGUAUUUUACUUCUGUGCAUUUAACUUAUAACAAUCUCCACCUAAUUACUUUCAAAUGAAUUUGAUGCAGCUGAUGAGAAAUCACGUUUAAUUUCUGUGAAAAGUAAAUAAAAUCAAUUUUUGCAAA